UUGAUGGAUCUCUUCUACGACACCCUGCCCAGCAGUGUCCGCUCCAAGACGAGGAUACACUUCCACAACUUCAUGCAGGACGUACAUAGGCGGUUGCACCGCAUGAAGAUGUCACAUGGGAACGACAUAGACGCUGUGCCUCUUGUCGCAGCAGAUAUCGCUGAGCACGGCAAUGUCUUGUGUUUCGACGAGUUUCAGUGCACCGAUGUGGCAGACGCCAUGAUUCUGCGAAGGCUACUCGAGGCGCUCAUGUCGCACGGCGUGGUGCUUGUCACUACCUCCAACAGACAUCCAGACGAGCUUUACAAGAACGGUAUCCAACGUGAAUCCUUCGUGCCAGCUAUCCACCUGCUGAAGAGCAGGCUGCAUGUCAUCAACCUCGACUCGCCAACAGACUACCGAAAGAUCCCUAGGCCACCAUCGGGUGUCUACCACACACCCCUUGACGCUCACGCCGCCGACCACGCCGAGAAAUGGUUCCGCUUCCUGGGCGAUCCCGACACCACCGAACCACACUCGGAAGUUCAACACGUAUGGGGUCGCGAGAUUUUUGUCCCACGGGUCAGCGGACGGUGCGCCUGGUUCACCUUCGACGAGCUUAUCAAGAAGCCCAAGUCAGCGGCCGAUUUCAUCGAGCUGACCCGUUCAUACGAUGCCUUUGUCGUCACGGAGGUGCCCGGAAUGACGCUGCGAGAGAGGGACCUGGCCCGACGCUUCAUCACGUUCAUCGACGCCGUGUACGAGUCGCACGCCAAGCUCGUCCUUACCACCGCCAAGCCGCUCACUGAGUUGUUCACCUCCAAGGACGAGGUCGCUGAGUCCCUGCUUCAGGGCUCCGCCCACGAGUCGAGCAGCACCGAGGUCACACAGGUCAUCAAGGACCUGAUGGAGGACCCAGAGCAGCAGGCUCUGAAGCUCAAAGGGUCCGCACUUUUUGCCAACGAUGAGGAGGCCUUCGCCUUCUUCCGAGCGCUGUCCCGUCUGACUGAGAUGGGCUCGCAGGAAUGGGUGGAGAGGGGCAUGGGCCUUGAGCAGCGCGGCGGUAAGCCGGAGCGGGACAGCUUCCUCAAAGCCCGAUCGCGACAGAUGGAGGAUUCCAUGUAAAUUUUGGGCGAGGAAUUCCCGUGUGUGUAUGUGUGUGUCUACGAAUGAUUGGGUGGGAUAUCUGCAUUCUAUUUCGAAUUCUGCGGAUACCUCAAUUGCAUAGCGACAAAAUCAAUCUCUGGAAAUAGAUAAUUUGAAUGAAAAUUACGUUGACAG